AUGAAGCAGGAUGAUGUACAUGCACGGAUCGAUCCAGAUGCAGAGUAUCAAAAGCAUAGACUGCAUGUGUGGGCGCAUGCUGGUUUCGAUGGGUCAAUGGUUCCAGAUAAGCCUGUUGCUUGGUCAAGACAGAAUCUCGUGGCAUAUGGCACCUCAGAUGAACAUGGAGCGUGUGUCCUCAUUGUACCAAGCGCAUGUGCCGUUCAUGGCGGCAAAGUGAAUGCCUCGCAGGUUGUUGCACGUCUGCAUCCACCUCCGCGUGCGCCACCUAUGGCAACCAGUACACCGUAUGAGUUAGACGCGCCUUCCCUCGUAAGCUUUAGUCCCUGUGGCCACACUCUGCUCGCUUACUUUCCUGUUAUGCCUGUGCUAACGACGAAUGAACCACCUGUCCCAUCCGCAUCUCUCGAGCUUUCUACGCCUUUGGUACUGCCUGUCGAUCAAAGCGCCGCGGUGUCGCCGAGUGCGAAUGCUAUGAACGCCAGCAUGAGUGCCGCCACGAUGAGCGCGGCGAUAAACACGGCAGGAGCUAGCACGAAUGCAAGUGCGGGCGCAAGCGCAUUCACAUCUCCGGCUAUGACGCCCCUAGCGACGCCGCGUGGUCUUGUGCGCACGCCGCCGGGCCACUCGACAAGUCCUGGGAUGGACGCCCUCGGCAUGGGAAUGGGGUCAGCAACGACGAGCCUCUUACCCUAUGAUCACGGCGUCUUGUGUAUUUGGACGCGGACGUCCCCUUCUAUAUCAGCCACUGAUCAAUGGAUCUUGCAGCAAUGGUUCCCUGUAUCUUUGCCUGUGUCCACAUUGUCUACGUCGGGAGCAUCUCCGGCUGCGGCAUCAGCGACCGCAGCGACAGGCACGGCGUCGUCUUUGUCGUCUGUCCCCACCGCAGCCGCAACAGGUGCUUCCGCAACAACGCCCCCAGCCGCCCCUUCAACGGGACCAUCAUCCUUGUCGAAACUCUCUGGCGACAUGAUCGAUGUGUGUUGGCUCGACUCAGCACGUGCAUGGAAGUGCACUGAAACAGACUUUGUACGCGCGCCGUCCAGUGGCCCAUCGACCUCCGUGCCUGCGGCUGGCCUGCCACUUGAUAAGUCGGCGGAUGAGCAAGCGUGUGUUGUCGUGUCGCGGGUUGGUCAGGUCGUGUUUCUACACCGGGUGCAUGAAAAGUCCAUGUUCCGGAUCCAUAUUGGCUGUCUGCAGGUUCCCGGAGUCUACCCACCGCCUGCGUCCUAUGAGCCCACGACAUUGGAAUCUGUGUUCUCCGCCAUGGAGAUUCGACACGUGUCUAUGGCCACCAUGUCGGAUGCGCCCAUCCUGCUCGUGGCGUACCAAUCAAGCAUCAGCGGUUCGGCCAUGUUUGUCAACAUGACUGAGCUAGUAUUUGAACUGAAUGGCGACCUGUCGUAUUUCUUCAUCAAUCCACAGUCGUCUGUGACUAUGCGCUCGCUCGAAGAGGCCCUGAGCGGCACGAAACACCGGUACCAGGUGCUCACGUCCAUGUCGUGGUCACGCGAUGCUGGCGGCGACCUCGCGCUACUGUUUGCGGUUGCGACGGACGAGGGUGCGUCUGAGCCGGUGUGGUCGAGUCGCUCGCUCCGUGACACGAUGCUGUAUGUGUGGGAUGUGCGUCAGAGUCAGAACAAGCGCGUCGACGAGCUGCGAUGCAUCUUUGAGUCGUCGCCCAGCCAAGUCGCGUCCGACGAGACUGACAAAGCGUGGCGCAUUACGCCGCUCACGCUCCGGCACAUUCCUGGCUUGGUUCUGUCCAGCAUCAUACCAGCAUGCUCUCCUGUGCCCCAUGCACAUAAAAUCUAUGCGACUGCGUUUGUCAUGGACCACAUGGACCGCGAAAUUUGGGGCACCAUCGAUACCAAGACCUAUGAAUGGACGUCUCUUGAAGUGCAAGUACCUCCACACGUUCUCAUGCGGUCGUCCCUCGCGCUUUCACCGUGCGGCGUGCUUGCUUGUAUGCUUAUUCGUCCUGGCAGACAAGUCGGUUGUUUGUGCCUCCCGAUACAGUCGCACAGUAUCCCUACGCUCGGCCGUCUAGCUGCACUCUCUCUUUUGCGCCACGCCACGCCAAUGGACGUCGUGCAUUUUCUGCUGCGGCAUCACGCGCUUACGCAUGACUUUAUCAUCGCCAUGGUACAAGCCACGGCAAAUGCUCUCGCCUUCAACGACAAUCACAACAACCCAUCUGAUGCUGCGCUGCUGACACUCACACAAACGAAGCUUGUCUUGCCUCUUGUGCUGGCUCUAACGUCUGAAUGCGCUGACACCUCUCAGCGCUUGCUGCAUGCAAGCACAUGUGUGUUUGUCAGCCUUUUCCACAUGUAUCAGGAGCUCUCGAUUGCGCGCCAUGAUACCACGAAUGCUCGUUUUGCCGAUUUGCUUGGCCACCCCGCGUACGCAUCGUUCCAUCCUUCCGCUGUGUGGACACUUGCCCGCAUCCUCCAAACACUCACUGAAUGGCUCGAACGUGCGUUGUGCACGGCGAUGCAAUGCAACAUGCCAGGUGCCCGCCCGGCCGAUGUACCUGCUGAUGCCUUGCUGGAACUUUGUUUGCACACGAAUGCGAGACGCCUUUUAUGUGAGGUUCUAUCGGGUGUAUGCGUUUAUACGACAUGGAUACAACAGCUAACAAACGAGUCUUGGCUGUCGCUCCUGGGUGCUGAUGUCCGAACGUCCAGCAGUAAAUGCGAUGCAGCCAUUCAUCGUUUAUGGAAUAUCCAAUCGCACGUCAAAGACAUUCUCAAUGCGACUCCACUGGUUUUGGAGCAUGUAUUACCGUUUUUUUCCGUCCUGCCAUGGGGCAUGGAUGAUGUUGCCGCAUUCUGGGAUUCGUGGCUCGGCAUCCGCGCAUUGCAUGCGUCCGACGCAGUAUUUGAUCAUGCUCGGAAUGCGUUCGAAGCUUGCGAUCGGGCCAUUCUCGACCAUGUCGCUCUUGUCGAAAGAUGCGCUCGACCGGCACAGCACGUGCCACCCCCGUGGCCAUAUACCUAUUGA